AAACGGUUUUUUUAUUCAGUCAAAGAAAAGACGUGCGGACGACGGAUAAAUAAAAGAAAAAUAAAUUCUGUUAUUUUGUUUUUUCCCCAUCAAAAAUUAUAUACAUAAAUAUAUAUACGUCCCGCUAUAUUCCUCUCGAAUUUACUUGAAAACGAUUUAAAUCAGCUGUUGCAAUUUACUCUCUCAAUUAAAAAAAAUUGAAAAAACAACCUCAAUAUCAAAUUGGAAAUUUUUAUUAUCAAAAAAAAAAAAAAAAAAGAAAUAAAACAAAUCCAGAUUCAGAUUUGUGUGCGUCUCGUUCUCGUCUCGCCUUCGUCGUUGUCAUCCCAGACUCUGGUGUGGAUCUCCUUUCUCUUUGUGGCAAAUUUAUUUUUUUUUAUUCGUAUUCGAUUCUCUGAUCUGCUUUGGCAUCUCGGAAUUCACUCAAAAAGCAUACAAAAAACAACCAAGAAACAAAAAUGUCUUGUGGUUAUUAAAAAAAUCUUGGUUUUCCGUGUUUUUCUGCGGCAUAGUGAAAUUUUUGAAAGAAAGUGCUGUCAAUUGUUUCUUUUCUGGUGUUGAUGUCAGCAGCCAAGCUUUAUAGAAAAAUCCAUACGCACACCCCUUUUUCACUCUUGUCGUCUUCGUCGUUGUCGUAACUCUCGUAACAAUAAUUCUCCCAUUGCCACCCCUAAAUCAUCCAUCGUCGUCGUGCGUUGUUGUUUUUUUUUUCUCUAUUGUUCCUUCUUCUUUCGCUCUUGUGAAAUUUGUUUAUGCAAAAAAGGUUUUAGGUUUUCUAUCGACCAAAGUUAACUAAGAGCUGUGUCGGUUAUCGGUUGUUAUCCAACUAGAAAGAAAAAAUCGUGAGAAAAAAAAGCCUCUUCCACGACGUAACUUUAGUCUUUUAUCUCAUCGUUGUCGUCCACCCACUUUUUACCGACUUUUCUUUCUUUCGUCACUCUUCACUCACUGAUUUCUUAUCAUGUAUCGUAUCGGUCCAAUUGGACGUAAACCGAAUUUCCAUUCGCGUGAGAAAUGUCUAAUUGGCCUUGUGUUAGCGACCUUGUGCCUAUUGUGUUUUGCUGGAAUUUUCUUACUUCCCGAUAAUUUUGGGGGUGAGCGCGUGCUCAAGGUUUAUAAGAGUUUCCAAAAGGCCGGUCCGGAAAUUUUUAUACCGGCUCCGCCAUUAGCAAAUAAUGGACAUGGUAGCAAGGAUACAGAUCCUCAUGUGUUGGGUGAUCGGGUGAAAUUACAAGCUAAAAUUAAAGAAGAACUUGGUGAUAUUCUGGAUAAACCAGAGAUUCAGAGGAGAGGUGGUAGUGAUGAAGCUAAUGGUGGUGGUGAAGUUGUUUUAAAUGAAAAUGUUGGUAUGGCACCGGUUAUUGAGAAUGACCUUCAGUCACAGCAACAACAUCAGCAGAUAUUAGCAAUGCAACAGCAGCAACAACAUCAAGUUGUUGGAGCACUGCCACCACCAGCGCUGAAGGGUUCAUUGAAUGAUGAUGGACAAGAGAUGAUGCCAGUUGGAGAUGUUGCUCAGAUGCAAAUGCCUAUGGAUGGGCAUCCAGAUCCUAGUGCGGCGGUGGAGGAGAAACGUAUGAAAGUUAAAGAGAUGAUGAUUCACGCCUGGCAAAACUACAAACUCUAUGCGUGGGGCAAAAAUGAACUGAGGCCACUUAGUCAGCGAGCACAUUCCGGCAGUAUAUUUGGCAGUUAUGAUCUCGGUGCAACAAUAGUUGAUGGCCUUGAUACAUUGUACCUGAUGGGCCUGGAAAAAGAAUACCGUGAAGGACGUGAUUGGAUCGAAAGAAAAUUCUCAUUAGAUAAUAUCUCAGCCGACUUAUCCGUUUUCGAAACGAAUAUUCGUUUUGUUGGUGGCCUUUUGACACUGUACGCCUUUACCGGUGAUCCAAUGUACAAAGAAAAAGCUCAACAUAUAGCCGAUAAGCUAUUACCUGCCUUCCAAACACCAACCGGUAUUCCAUAUGCAUUGGUCAAUGUUAAAACUGGAAUGAGUAAAAACUAUGGCUGGGCAUCCGGUGGCAGUUCGAUUUUGUCCGAAUUCGGAACAUUACAUUUGGAAUUCUCGUAUUUGAGUGAUAUUACUGGCAAUCCAUUGUAUCGGGAGCGAGUUCAAACAAUUCGACAAGUAUUGAAGGAAAUUGAAAAACCCAAAGGACUCUAUCCAAAUUAUUUGAAUCCAAAGACCGGUAAAUGGGGACAACUUCAUAUGUCACUUGGAGCAUUGGGAGAUAGUUUUUACGAAUAUCUGCUUAAAGCUUGGUUGCAAUCUGGCCAAACUGAUGAGGAAGCACGUCAAAUGUUCGACGAAGCUAUGACGGCAAUUAUUCAGCGUAUGGUUAUGACAAGUCCUAGUGGAUUGACUUAUGUUACUGACAUGAAAUUUGAUCGUCCUGAAAAUAAAAUGGAUCAUUUGGCCUGUUUUGCUGGUGGUCUAUUUGCCCUUGGAGCAAAUACAAGACAAAAUGAACAUACUGAAAAAUUCAUGGAAGUUGGUAGAGGCUUAACAAAUACAUGUCACGAGAGUUAUAUUCGAACUCCAACAAAACUUGGACCAGAAGCUUUUCGUUUUGGAGAAGCUGCCGAAGCUCGUGCUUUAAAAUCACAAGAAAAAUACUAUAUACUUAGACCAGAAACUUUUGAAAGUUAUUUUAUUCUAUGGCGACUGACACACGAUCAAAAGUAUCGUGAUUGGGGAUGGGAAGCAGUGGAGGCCUUAGAAAAACACUGUCGGACACCACACGGUUAUUCAGGAUUGAAGAACGUGUAUCAAGAUAUUCCGCAAAAGGAUGAUGUGCAGCAGAGUUUCUUCCUUGCUGAGACAUUAAAGUACCUGUACCUGCUGUUUUCCGAUGACUCACUGUUACCCUUAGACGAAUGGGUAUUCAACACAGAGGCACAUCCUUUACCCAUCAAAGGUGCCAACAUAUACUACCGCAUGGCGACAACAUCAUCGUCGGUGCCUUCAUCAAAUACACCUUAAGGCGAUUCUCCAUUAGUUGUAAUUUACAAAUUAGGUCCAUUAAUACAAUUAUUUAUGCAUCUCUAAAGAAAGUGAUGGCUUGGCUUCAAUGCUAAACCAUCACCGACAAAGAUAAAAAAAAAAUCUAACGAUGACGAUGAUGAUGACGACGAUGCGAUGACGAUUUAUAUUGCAUUCAAUUUUUUUUAUUUAAUUUUUUUGAAAUUAGUUUAUCGUCGUUAAAAGUGUUGCAAAUGAAAAACAAAUUAGAAAAAAAAAAAACAGAAAAAUAUGUUCGCGGUCAUUUCCGCAAUAUUGUGUUCUUAAACAAAAUGAUAUUUAAAAAAAAAACAAAAUUAUAAUAAAUUAAUUAAAAAUAACAACAAAAUUUAUAUACAUAACAAAAAAUAAUAAUUAAACAACAACAGUGAAGUGAUAUGAUGUGUGUGUAAAUAUUGCUGCAAGAGACAGUCUCAGGGCAUAUUCUUGAGACCCCUUAAAAAUAUUUUUUUUUAAUUAAUUAAUUAAUAAUUAUAAAUAAACUUCCAUUUUAUUAUUUUUUUCUUUUUUAAGUUGCAUUGUAUUUAAGCUAAAUCAAAUCGAAUAUUAGUUUUUGUGUAUGUAUAAAAAAAAAAAUGGACUAGCGAAAUGUAAUUUUUCGUGAUAUAAUUGUUACAGGCAGCUUAAGUAAUUUUAUUAUUAAUUGUUAAUAAUUUUUUUCCCUAAUUUUAAUUAAACACUGUUACUGUUUAAAUAUUAAAAAAAAAAAUGAAUAAAA